AUGGCUCCAACAAAGCUUAAGAUCAAAGGCAAUAAAGCAUUCUCACUGUUAUCCAUCGAGACUGAUGAAGAUUUGUCCAAGACAUGGCGGUUAAUGACAAAAGUGAAGGAUGCAUUGGAAUAUGGAAUGCGUCUAGAAAAUCUAUCAUGGAGACUCUGGUUCAUGCAUCACCUCAUGGUUCAUGAUCAAAAGUCUCACUCCCAAUUUAAAAAGUUGUCCACUGCCACAACAAAAAAAUUAGAAAUCGAAAAGGCUACGAAUCUAAAAAGUCUACCGGUACCACUUUAUCGACCAAAGACUCAAGAAACCAAUAAUAUAAAAAACGUCAAAAUUCCAAAAAAUAUUGCCGAAUCGUCUCCAGGCACUGAAAUCGUUGCCUCUUCAUCUCCCACAAAUACCACCGACCUUAAUGCCGAUUAUGGAAACAAUUUGCAACCUGAUUAUGGAAAUGAUAGUGAAAUAAUCGCAACGGUCAACUCCACCUCGACCAAUGAUCAAAGCAGCGCUGAAUUAAUGGAUUUGGACACUCUGGAUGAUAAUAUGACCUUAAAUAAUAACGGGACAAAUGCGCUUAAUUCUUCUGUUAACGAGAAUUCUCCUAGGUCGCUCGUAGAUAUUUUCAGAUUUAGCGAAGUCAGUCAAGAUUUCUAUUUACGUCAGUAUACAAAUGAUCAAGAUCCAUAUCAAGUCGUUUCAUUACCGGGGGUUUUUACUCCUUCGUUCGAUGCUCAAGCCAUAUUGGAUCCUAACACUCAACAACCUACUAUGAUGUUGGACUUGAAUGAAGUCUUGAGUGUUCACCAAUUUUAUUCUUCCGACUCGUCGGAACCUAAUUCCCCUACAGAACAUUGGUACACUGAAAAUGUCGCACAAAAUCCUGAUAUGCAGUCAAACCUGCAGUUUCAAACGUUGAAUAAUCCGUUGGUUGGUAGGACAUCAUCCGGAUUGCAUGAUGCUGUCUAUGUUAGAAAUACCGAUCCUACGCCCGUUAAUCCUUCACACCUUAACAUCUCUAUAACGUCAAUGAAUACUCCACACAAUACCCCGCUGAACACCCCUCUUAACACUCCUGUCACCGGCUUAUCGAACAGUAGUCUGAUGAAUAGUGUUUAUCUGAACCAAUUUUCUUCGGAUCAAAAUAAUACGAUGACAACUACUUCUCCCUCUUGUUCGUCCACAUCAUCGAUCGAAACGUCAACUGUUAACGCUCGUCCUUCCGCUAAUGCCCCAUCAUCAACGUCCGAAAAUAGUAGACCUAAAAAAUCUCAUUCGAAUGGGGAGCAACAAUGUUUUAACUGCGGUGUGACUUCUACUCCCCUCUGGAGAAGAUCGGCUAAUGACGAACUCUUAUGUAAUGCUUGUGGUUUAUAUUUGAAAUUACACAAGAUGGCUCGUCCGAAGACCAUGAAACCUCAUAUUGUACGCAAAGAUGCCCGUGAUGAUGAAGCUUCACAACCUGUCUGUUCAAAUUGUAGAACGAUGACUACACCCUUCAAAUUACAUCAUGAAAGACGUCCUUUGUCCAUGAAGACUGACGUCAUAAAGAAACGACAACGAUAUGAGAAUGGGCAAGCGCCUCGUCGGCCAAUUUCAGUUGGACAGUCAUCAUCUUCCGGUAUGAACGCGCAUCAAUCACCCAGCACCACCCCCAUAAAUGGAGGAUAUCCAUGA